AUGUUGCUCUGCCCCCAUUACGUUGCUCCAGUCCUCUCCACUAUCGCCAACCUGGCCCCUGAGAACACCAUGAUGUCGUUCAGGAGGAGUGUGGGGUGCAACGUGACCGCCUUUGAGACGGACGUGCAGCUCAGUAAGGACAGAGUUCCUUACCUGAUGCACGACCACGGCAGCCAUUUCCUGAGGAGGACUACAGAUGUUCUACAGAAGUUCCCUCGGAAAGACUUGAACCACAGCACAAACCUCACCUGGGAGGAGCUACAGGAAUUAAACGCUGGUGAUUGGUUCCUGAAUACAGAUCCAUUCUGUUCAGUGUCCCAGCUCUCAGAACAGGAGAAGAAGACAGCUAGGAACCAGAGUGUUCCCUCCCUUCUGCAGCUGCUUGACCUGGCCAAGACUCAUAACACCUCUGUCAUCUUUGACUUGAAGAAUGACGACAACAAUGACACUAAUGACAUUGUGAAAACCAUCCUCAACUCUGGCAUCCCCCACGACAAGAUCCUCUGGCUUCCCCCCACACAUAGGGAGGAUGUGAAGAAGGUCGCACCAGGGUUCAAACAGGUUUACGACAAUGUGUCUGCUAUGAACAUUGACGGAGCAGAUCAUCUAAAUGUCAAGUACAGUGCGUUGAGCGCCGCAGAGAUCGGGGAGCUUCGGAAAAGGAACGUGUCGGUGAACCUGUGGGUGGUGAAUGAACCAUGGCUCUUCUCUUUAAUGUGGUGCUCGGGGGCCAGCUCUGUGACCACCAACGCCUGCUCCGUCCUACAGGACAAGAACCAGCCUGACUGGACAAUGGGACCUAGUACAUACAGAUGUAUAUGGAUCACAGUGGACCUGGGGUCAUUGCUCAUAAUGUUCGCACUCUUCAUCUUAAAGAGGUGA